AUGUCCAAACGGGUGCCAAGCACCUUCAACAAGGACGUCCAGAACUUCCCGGUGAACCGCGGGUCUCGAUCCGAGACAAUUGCCUCAGGCAAGCCAUGUUGA